AUGUCUUCACAUAUGAAACCAUCAAUAGCCAACCCUGGCGAGGCGGAAAAGUCUCAUGUCUAUGAUGGCCAAGGUACCGAGGAAGACCCUUUCCUGGUGGAGUUCUAUGAACAAGAUCCGGGAAACCCCAUGAACUGGUCUCCUAUGAGGAAGUGGCUCAUCACAACCAUCGUUACACUCUCCGUGUUCGCCGUUACGUUUGCCUCUUCAGCAUACUCCGACUCCGCCAACGAAGUCAUUCAAGACUUCAACAUUAGCACGGAGGUCUUUACAGUUGGAAUCACCCUAUUUGUGCUGGGAUCGGAACUAUACGGAAGAAAGAUUCUCUGGAUCAUCUCCCACAUCGCCAUGGUAGCUUUUAUCGGAGGUACCGCGGGAAGCCGAAACAUCACCACGGUCCUCAUCUUACGGUUCUUCAGUGGCACGUUUGGGGGAUCACCAUUGGUCAACUCCGGAGGUGCGAUAGCAGAUUUAUUCCCCCCAGCUCAAAGAGGGCUCGCCAUGACACUUUACUGCGUUGCACCCUUCCUUGGCCCCAUCCUUGGCCCUGUGGUGGGCGGAUUCAUCUCGGAGCACGUCGGAUGGAAAUGGGUGCAGGGGGUGUGCUGUAUCUUCAUCGCCGUGAUCGGCAUUCUUGGUGUCCUCUUGGUCCCGGAGACAUAUGGGCCCGUGCUGCUGAGUCGAAGGGCAGAACAUCUCUCCAAGUCCGAUGGCAAGACUUAUAUCAGUGUACUCGAAAAACACCAAGGUAGGAUGAAGCCUUCUGAAAUCUUCCAGAGAGCUCUGGUACGGCCUUGGGUGCUACUUUUCGAGGAACCGAUCGUAGUAGUGGCCUCACUCUACAUGGCCCUUGUGUAUGGCACGGUCUAUAUGUUCAUGGGGGCCAUGCCGAUCGUGUACAACGAAGACCGCGGCUGGAACGAGGGCAUCGGGGGUCUUUCCUUUACGGGCAUUGCCGUUGGUAUCAUUCUGGGAUUGGUCUACGCUAUCUACGACAAUAACGCACGAUAUAUGAAGCUCUUUCUUUCUCAAACCGCCACGGCGGAAUCCCGCUUACCGCCAGCCAUCGUGGGUGCUGUUGCCUUGCCGGUCGGGAUGUUUGCCUUUGCGUGGACCAACUACCCGAGUAUUCACUGGUCUGUGAGUAUUGUCUUGUCCGCGCCAUUUGGGUUUGGCUGCGUUCUGGUCAUCUUGCCGCUGGUUAACUACCUCAUCGACUCCUACACUAUCUAUGCAGCCUCGGUUCUGGCGGCGGCAGCUAUUUUUCGAUCUGUUGUGGGUGCGGUGUUUCCAUUGUUCACGACCCAAAUGUAUCACAAUCUCGGCAUCCACUGGGCGUCUUCUAUACCGGCGUUUCUGACGUUGGCUUGCAUGCCUUUUCCAGUGGUUAUGUAUCGCUACGGGGGAGCGCUGAGGACGAAAUGCAGAUAUGCGUUCGAGGCGGCGGAGAUGAUGCGGCGGAUGCAGCAGCCGGCUUCGGUUGCAACAAAGGGGGAGAAUUCUUCUACAGAGUGA